CUUACUUAGUUGCCACCCAUGCGCUAGCUUUAGCUAGAAUGUUCUAGCGUCUUCAUGUGUCUACUAGGUUAAAGAGGCGUCCACCUUCUGGGCCGUCAAAAAGAGUCCGCGUUUACAUUUGUUCAGUAUCAUUUCAUGAACCUCUAAAGCAACAUGGCAGAAGACGGACAAAAUAGAAGAUACCCUCAGAAUCUUCAGGGGGUCCUGCAGUUGGCAAUCGAUGCUGGCUCCGGUGCAGAGGGGCGUGCUCCUGUCGAACCCAUUUCGGAGGAGGUUGGUCCUGUGGACUUUGACCCCCAAACGCACGCACACACAUAGAGAUAUAGAGAGGAGCGCGUGGCUAAGGGAGGCUCUCGCAGAUGUCUGCAAAGGGCAGAUGGAUGAAGUGGAGCUUAUGAAGCAGUGCUUGGCUGUCCUGAACAAGGAGGAACUGAACGGUGAGGGGGAUAGGGAUGAGGAAGAGGAAGAUGAAGAUGAAGAUGAGCGGGAAUCAGCCUUUGAGUUGCUGUCAGAUUUGUGUGAGAACCUUGACAAUGCCAGAGACCUGAUGGUUCUGGGAGGCCUGGAUGUGUGCGAGUCCAAAUAUUUGUGUCAUGCCCAAAGUAGGCUGAGGCGGAGCGCUGCUCAGCUGAUCGCUACCUGUGCCCAGAACAUGCCACAAGUGCAGGAUCACUUGCUAAAGAUGAGCACUUUACCAAAGCUUCUACAGCUGACAGACUCAGACCCGCACCCCACAGUCAGAGUCAAAGCCCUUUAUGCAGUCUCAUGUCUGGUCCGAGAGAAGGACACGGGAAUGGAGGCCUUUCUGUCCCAUGAUGGCUUCUCAGUGCUAAUGAGAGGCAUGCAGUCAGAACAUGAGAAGCUCCAGACCAAGUCGGCGUUCCUUCUGCUCAACCUGCUGACGUCACAUCCUGAACAAAAAGACACAGUGGUCUCCAUGGGGAUGGUGCAGCAGCUGGUGUCGGUGCUGCGUUGUCCACACUCACCUUUUCAUGAGCACGUGCUUGGUGUUCUUUGCUGCCUGGUGGAAGACUGUGUGAAGGGGCUCAAAGAUUGUAGGGAUCCAUCUCUCGGUCUCGAAGAGUUACUGCGACUGCGCGCCAGAGAACUCCAAGGCCAAGAAGAAAGUCAGGAAGAGCUGGAAUUCUGUGAACGCUUAAGGGUGGCUUGUUUCCGUGGACACCAGCCCGAUGACCAUGGGAUGGACCGCUGACCUCAAAUGUGUUGUUGUGCUAAUAUACAUUCAUCAUCUGGAUUUAUGGUUAAAGUGUUUGUCAGUCAUUUUCUGCAUGGCAUCCAACAUGUUAACUUCUUCAGUAUUGUAAGACAGUGCAAGUAGUUUGUAAAAUGUCUGUUUCAAUACCUGUGGAACUGUUUUCACUCCUCAAAGGAAUUUUAAGUUGUCUGUUAAAACAAGACUCAGAUAUUGUACAUGGACGUCAUAAAUUUUCUUUACACCAUAUUUAUGAACAAAGAGUAUUUUUAUAGCUAUAGCAAGCUCACAACAGCUUUUGCUUAAAUAUGAAUUUAAAUGUCACUGUUAUAUUCAAAUAUGGCAAUAAAAUUAGUCAGAAA